GGGGGGUUCUGAAGGAACACUUGAGGGGUGUAUUUGAAGGGUGUACUUGUUUGGAUGUUGAGUUCACAUAUGUAUGUAUGUUCUCCAGUAUCGCUGACUCUUGCUUUCAUAGCUUGCAUCUCGGGUUGGUGGCCAGGUCGUGUUGGUGCGUAUGUGGUUCACGCAGAAUUCUAUUCUUGUCAUCCCGCGAAAACACGUCUGUCUGGACUGGGUCAAACACGUGACAUAUGUUUACAUCCUCUCAGCUGGAGAAAAGACAGCGGCAAUCGGCCCUCUUCGAAAAAACUAUAUUUAUGUGAGCUGUGGCACCAUACGGUAGUGUCUCCCUAGAUCGUGUUAGAAAUACACAUAUCACUUAAUUUACUCCACUGACUGAGGCUGAUACAAGCAAAUCAGUGGGGUGUUGCAAGUCUGGAAUCUGUGACCUGCAUCAUCCACCAGCCAGAUCAUUGGGUUUCCUCAUCCACAGAACAGGAUACUGUUCUGGCUGCUGUUCAGGUUGUUCUUGGACCACCUGUUUGAGAUGCCAAUCUGACGCGACCUGCAGGAGCUGAUCCUACCCGACUCAUCAGCCUGUGUCUCCAUGUAAGGCCUGGCCCUCCGCUGAAAGUCUAUUUCUUUUUGUUUGUUUGAUUUUUUUUUGGGCGAGGAGGCUGCUGUUGCGUCCAUUUUGUUUUGGCAUUUUUGGCAUCAUGGGCGGAGCCGUGAGUGCCGGGGAGGACAACGAUGACCUGAUUGACAACCUGAAGGAGGCCCAGUACAUCCGCACCGAACGGGUGGAGCAGGCCUUCCGGGCCAUCGACCGCGGCGACUACUACCUGGACAGUUACCGGGAGAACGCCUACAAGGACCUAGCGUGGAAAAAUGGCAACCUCCACCUGUCGGCGCCGUGCAUCUACUCGGAGGUGAUGGAGGCGCUGAAGCUCCGGCAGGGACUGUCCUUCCUCAACCUGGGCAGUGGCACGGGCUACCUGAGCACCAUGGUGGGCCUCAUCCUCGGUCCAUUUGGAGUGAAUCACGGUGUUGAGCUACACAAGGAUGUGGUGGAGUAUGCCAAGGAGAGGCUGGAUGACUUCAUUAAAAACAGUGAUAGCUUUGAUAAGUUUGAAUUCUGUGAGCCCAAAUUUGUUGUGGGAAACUGCCUAGAAAUUUCCCCCGACAGCCACCAAUACGAUCGCAUGUACUGCGGAGCUGGAGUCCAAAAGGACCAUGAGAACUACAUGAAACUCAUGCUCAAAGUGGGAGGCAUCCUCGUUGUGCCAAUUGAAGACCAGUUGACUCAGAUCACCCGGACCGGGCAGAGCUCCUGGGAGAGCAAGAACAUCCUGGCCGUGUCCUUCGCUCCUCUCGUCCAGCAGAACAGAGCAGACUGCAGCAAGCUAGAAACAGUCCAACUCCCUCCCUUCAUGAUCCGGAGCCUGCAGGACCUGUCGCGUGUCUAUAUCCGGCGCGCGCUGCACGGCCACAUCGAGGACGCCAGCCCGGCCGCGGAGCGCGUGCCCCACAAGCGCAAGAGGCGGCGUUGCCGGCGGCGACGCAUCAACACGUACGUGUUCGUGGGCAACCAGCUGAUCCCGCAGCGCGUGGAGAGUGAGGAGGAGGAGCGCAUCGAGGAGGAGAUUAAGGAGGAAGAGGAGGAGGAGGAGGAAGAAAAGGAGGGCGGUGACGACGAGCAGCCACUGAAGUCUGAGGAGCCCCAUGUCAACCUGCUGAGGGAGAAGGUCCUUGGCCUGCCCCUGCCCGACGCGCUCAAGGCCUACCUGCUGUACUACCGCGAGAAGUGACCAGGGUGCACACACACACACACACACACACACACACACACACACACACACGCACGCA